GUUAUCUGGCCAAACACUGUUACUUUCUCUUUUGCAUGCUUUGCAUUGCUCGCCUUUUUCGGUGUAAACAGGUGUCAGCUUACUUCAAAAUGUCCUUUGUCACUGUCGAACCUGGUAGCGAUUUCCCAAUCCAAAAUUUGCCUUAUGGUAUAUUUUCAACUCCUGAUAAUCCAAGGCCAAGGAUUGGUGUUGCCAUUGGAAGUCUGGUAUUAGAUCUGUCUGUCGUGAAACAUUUUUUUGAUGGUCCAGUGCUAAGCAGCAAACAAUAUGUAUUUGAACAGCCAUCUCUUAAUGCUUUUAUGGGGUUGGGCAGAGCAGCCUGGAGUGAAGCCCGCGCAACCUUGCAGAAAAUUCUAUCGGCAUCAGAGCCAGUGCUUAGAGAUGAUUCAGAUCUAAGAUCAAGAGCAUUUACAGCUCAAGAACAAGUCAAAAUGCAUUUGCCAGCUGCUAUUGGUGACUAUACAGAUUUCUACUCCUCUAAAAAUCAUGCCUUCAACGUUGGAUGCAUGUUUCGAGAUCCAGCCAAUGCUCUGAAUCCUAACUGGGUCCAUCUCCCUGUUGGUUAUCAUGGUAGAGCUUCUUCUGUAGUUGUCUCCGGAACCCCAAUACGCAGACCUAAUGGGCAGACAAGCCCAGAUGAAACUCAGCCUCCAGUCUUUGGCCCUUGCAGACUUCUAGACUUUGAACUAGAAAUGGCUUUCUUUACUGGUCCAGCUACUGAAUUAGGCUCACCAAUACCAAUGGACAAAGCAGAAGAUCAUAUCUUUGGUAUGGUCUUGAUGAAUGACUGGAGUGCUCGAGACAUACAAAAGUGGGAAUAUGUUCCGCUUGGUCCAUUCUUAGCCAAAAAUCUCGGCACCACAAUAUCUCCCUGGGUUGUGACCAUGGAUGCACUAAAACCUUUUAUUGUCCCAAACUCUGAACAGAAUCCAACACCCUUGCCGUACUUGCGACAUUCAGACAACUAUAACUUUGACAUUAAGCUUGAUGUUUCAAUCUUUGCUGAGGGUAUGACCAAGCCUGCCAUUAUCAGUCAGUCUAACUUUCAAAACAUGUAUUGGACAAUGAAGCAGCAACUCGUUCACCAUACCAUCACUGGCUGUAAUAUUAACCCUGGAGAUCUGAUGGGAUCUGGCACUAUUUCAGGCCUGACACCUACUUCUUUGGGGUCAAUGCUAGAACUGUGUUGGAAGGGAACCCGAACAGUUGAUCUGGGGAAUGGCAUCACAAGAAAGUUUUUACAGGAUGGAGACGAGGUCAUCUUUCGUGGCUAUUGUGAAACAGAAGGCUACAGGCUUGGCUUUGGUACUUGCACAGGAAAAAUUCUACCAGCACUUCAGCUUCAAUUUUAAAAAGAACAACAGCCAUGGUCAGUUUUAUCUCUACAUUAGUCAAUUUUGUAAUGAGAUUUUUUACUUUUUUUUUAAGCUUAAUAAACAUUAUACUUUUUUUUUUUAAAUUAUGUUGAAAAAAGAGUCUUUUGUUAACACACCCUCAUACAGUCAUUGUAAAAACAAAUUUUUUAAGUGUUUAAGAAAGAGGUCCAGCUAUAAAAAAUGGAACUCUGCCUGCCACAAUAUGGGGCUUGUUUCUUGUUGAGUGGAACUGUGCAUUUUGUUAUUUUUUAAUUCAGUCCACUCUUUGCUAUGUUUAGGACUGUUAGAUCUGAGCUCAAAUACCAUUUAAGGUAUUAUUCUGCAUUUAUGUGUAUAUACCUUACUAUUGAUGUGUAAUGGGCUACAUUAUGAUUGAUGUCUUUUAUUGGCUCUAAGCAUCACCUUUUUUUGCAUAUUUGAAGGAACCAAAAUUCAACGGAUUAUGAUGGCAUCCUAAACCAAAAAAAAAAAACAAUCUUGAAUUUACAUGUUAAAUCCACUAAAUAUUUGUAUUGACUGACACAUUAUUUGGAGGAACAGAUUCAUGUGUGUCAUAUGUUGAAAAGAAACACACACAUGCUUAAAAGUAAUACUAACAUAAUCUUCAAAAGUAAAAGUAAAAUGCUUUAGUGACUAUGGGCAAGUAUUUCAAAGAAGUCUGUUGACUUUCUCUUUGGGCAGAAAUAAUCCCUGACCGCUUCAAUGUUCGGGUGUUGGAGUGUCUUCAUUUUCCAACUUCCUCAUCCUUUGUCCAUGGUGCAGAUGUCAGAAUGAUCUUGUGGCUGUUGGUUAGGUAGACAUGUUGGAGAAUAUUUACCAUGUGGAUAACAAAAGAAUUGGAAUGUGUCAAUAAAAAAAAUUUUUUAAUUGUGUUAACAUGCUCCACUCAAUCUCCCUUACUUCUUGCAUUUGUCAUCUUUUUCGCUUCUCUGUCCUUGUAACAUGCAACCGAAUAGCUGUGUCAUAUUUUUUUUUUCUAUCUCCAACCCUUGAAAAUAGAGUGCAGCUUACAUGUGGGUGCUGCUUAUAUUCGAUAGUUUGGUACAUCCGAUUACCGAUUACUAUAUGUAUUACAUGUUCAUACAUUCUGUUGAUGUAUUUAAGAAAAAUUGGUUUGUAUUCAAGUGCCUUUAUAUUUACCCAGUAAAACUAUCCUUGUGUUAUAUACAUUUAAGCAUACUUAUUUUUUGUUAAUUUUUUAUUUGACUCUAUUCUUUGUGAUUCAGUUUUUUAAAUAUGCUGAAAUUUCAUAUUUUUCAAAGGCCAACGGAUAGUGUGGCAUUCUGCUUCCUAUAUAAACAUAUCUCUUUCAAUUAUAGUUAUACUUUAAAAGAAAAAAUAUGUUUGACUAAACAUUUGAAUAUGAUGGAUGUAAUUUAAUACUUUCCUGACAUAUUAAAUCAAUCAUUGAUUUAAUAAUUUUGUUUUGGUACUUCAAAUUAAGGAUUCUCAAAGUUUUACUUUUUUUUUUUCUCCUUUAGAAUGUUGGUUGUGUACUAGAAGAACAAUGUUUUAAUUGUAACAUUCCAUUGUUUUGUUAUUGGAAUUGUGUUAUGUUUUUGUCAUUUUCAAUAAAUAUGUAUUACUAAUGUGCAUUAAAUAUUUAUUCAUUUGUUUUGCUCAUACUAAAGAAUUUCUAUUUAGUCAGUUUAAGAAACAAGUGUUUAAAAUUCAC